AUGGCGAACCAAAAGCCCAUUCGAAAGGUCAUCAUUGUCGGUGCUGGUCCGUCGGGUCUGUUGAUGGCCAUUCUUCUCGCCAAACAAGGCAUAGAAAUCCAACUUCUCGAUGGAGCAACAGAGCUUGACAAGAAUCCUCGGGCAGCUCAUUAUGCGCCCAGUGCAAUUCGCGAACUUCGACGAGCAGGCGUUCUGGACGAUAUCAAGAAAGAUGGCUUCAUCCCAGAUGCCGUGUGCUGGCGUGAAUUUGAUGGAACGUAUAUUGCUGGCUUAAAUACCGACAUGACAGACCCAGAUGCGAUGCAGGUAUUGCCAUUGGAUAGAUUGGUGAAACUGUUAUUCAAGCAUUUGACUGCGCUGCCAAAUGCUGAGGUGCAGAUGCAGCACAAGGUCGUGGGUAUCGAACAAGACGAGAAGGAAGCCAGAGUGAAGGUCGAGACGCCAGAAGGAGUGAAGAUGUUCUCGGCAGACUAUAUCAUCGGAGCAGAUGGCGCGAACAGCCAGAUUCGGAGGUCUCUAUUUGGUGACUUGGAAUUUCCAGGGGAGACGUUGCAAUACCAGAUCAUUGCGACAAAUGUAUACUACGACUUCCACAAAUUCGGCUACGUUGAUUCAAAUUUCAUCAUAGACCCUGAAAAUUGGUACAUGGCAGCAAAAAUCACAACCGAUGGAAUGUGGCGUGUAACAUACGGUGACAAAUGGGGACUGUCCAACGAGGAAUAUCUAGCAAGGCAGCCUCUGAGAUACGAGGAGCUUUUGCCUGGAAAGCCAAAGCCAGGAGACUACAAACUCGUGGGGGCGAGUCCAUAUAAGUUGCAUCAAAGAUGUGCUCCGAAGUUCCGAGUUGGUCGAUUCCUCCUCAUAGCAGAUGCUGCACACUUGUGCAAUCCAUUUGGCGGGCUUGGCUUGACAGGCGGCAUUGCAGAUGUAACCAGUUUAUACGACUGCCUCAUAGCAAUGCAGAGUGGUCUGGCAGAUGAUUCGAUAUUGGACAAGUAUAGCGAGGUGCGAAUCAAAAAAUGGAAGGAAAUGAUUGAUCCGAUGUCGAGAGCGAACUUCCGCCGAAUAUGGGACGAGGAUGCCGUUACUGAGCGGAACGAGUUCUUUGCCAUGUGUAAGAAGAUGGUGAACGACGAGGAGAUGCAGAAGCAGAGUGCAGGCUUUACACAUCUGCUAAACGAGGAUUUCUCGCCGUAUUUCAAGCAGCAGACAAAUGGCACCGUUGUAGCAUAG